CGUGCGUACGACUCGCUCGUUCGAGUCAUCGAGUGCGAAUCCAAAGCGAACUCAUUCACAGUGUUGUGUGAGGUCUUUAGUUUUACCAAAAAGUGACUAACAAAUGCUGGUUUUUAUUACUAAUCAGUGUUCGGAAUAAAUAUUUAUAACACAUUCAUUUCGGCUCGUACAACACCCGAGCGCCUGCUGUGUCAGGUGGAUGAUUUCGCCAUUGUAAUAUUUGCGAUGUAAAAUACAUAAAGAGUGAUUUCAAUCCGAGUGCUGACUCCGUACAUAAGUACCAGCACCAUGGACGACGACGGAGAUGAUAAAGAUGAUACGAAGAGGAGGACUCGCAACUUAAGCGAGAAGAAGCGGAGAGACCAAUUCAAUAUGCUGGUUAAUGAGCUUAGUGCUAUGGUUUCCACUAACAAUAGGAAGAUGGACAAAUCAACUGUUCUCAAGUCCACUAUAUCAUUUUUGAAGAAUCAUAAUGAAAUUACUGUUAGAUCAAGAGCUCAUGAUGUACAAGAAGAUUGGAAACCGGCAUUCUUGUCUAAUGAAGAAUUUACAUAUUUAGUGUUGGAAGCCCUUGAAGGUUUUGUAAUGGUGUUCUCUGCUACUGGUCAAAUUUACUAUGUAUCAGAAAGCAUAACAUCAUUGCUGGGUCACAAUCCUGCUGAUGUGGUAAAUAAAAGCAUAUUUGACUUAGCUUGUGAAGAUGACCGGCCAAGCUUAUACAAUCUACUGCAGAAUCCUCGGACAGCAACGGAUCCAAUGCACACCGUGGGUAAAGAUAACGAAAUACGUUUCCAGUGUCAUCUGAAAAGGGGAUCAUUGGAUUUUAGAGAUGAAACCACAUAUGAACUUGUACAAUUUAACGGUCAUUUUCGAACUAACAUGGAAUCGCUUGAUAAUGAUGACUUGCCAAAUUAUACAACAGACCAUGAGUCCAGGUUACUGUUCGUAUGUACGGGCCGCCUAUACACUCCGCAACUGAUACGAGACGUGUCACUAGUUGACUCGAGUCGCAGUGAGUUCACUUCGCGACAUAGUCUAGAAUGGAAAUUCCUGUUUCUGGACCAUCGUGCUCCGCCUAUCAUUGGCUACUUGCCAUUCGAAGUACUCGGCACCUCGGGAUACGAUUACUACCACUUUGACGAUUUAGAAAAAGUCGUAACGUGCCACGAAGCUUUGAUGCAGAAAGGUGAAUUAACAUCGUGUUACUACCGAUUCCUUACAAAAGGGCAGCAGUGGAUAUGGUUACAGACUCGGUUCUACAUCACGUAUCAUCAAUGGAAUUCAAAACCGGAGUUUGUAGUUUGCACUCAUCGAGUUGUAAGUUACGCGGAUAUUGCAAAGAGCAUGAAGCAGGAAGGUGCCGAGGCGGACACCGUGAGUGAAGCGGAGGUAAAUCGAGGAGUGAUGAAGGAGGCUCCGUCUGAUGACGCUAUGGUGUCCAUGUCACCCUCAUACAUGUCCGAGGCGAGCGAUGCUUUCGGCAACUCUUCAUAUCAACCGCUGUCACAAGUUAGUCCGGCUUCGGUGAAGUCAGCAUCGGCCGGCAGUACAACGGGCACAGUUGCGACGGCUGGCACGGUGGCGACGGCCGGCGCGUCGUGGACCCGCGCCUCUCACGUCCGGUUCACCGGAUCUGAUACCGCCUCACUAUCCGGCGACUCACGCUCUUCACAGAGAAAUUCCAUGCGAGAGACGCACAAGAGCAGUGACUCGGCCCCGGCGCCGCAGCACGGUAUCGGCGCGCAGUACUUAGAUCCGGCGCCGUACGUGGGCGCAGCGGGCGCUGUGGGCGCGGUGGGCGCCGUGGGCGUGCCCGGAGUACUGCCGCUCUCCAUACCGCCGCUGCCCGUCAUUGUGUCGCCCGACCAGGCGCAGAUGCAGGAGCAGUUGCAACGAAAACACGAGGAGCUGCAACAAAUGAUAGUCAGGCAACAGGAAGAGCUGCGCCAGGUAAAGGAGCAACUGUUGCUAGCCAGGCUUGGCAUCCUCCAGCCGCUUAUAAACGUUCAGGGGCCAUACGUGCACCCGGAGGAUAUUCAGCAGAACCAGCGUAUUCCGGCACAAAUAGUUUACGAGGGCGGCAGUUCACGCGCCAUUACCGGCUACCCGCAGCAGCUGCCGCCGCACUCGGGCGCUCACCACCAACACAUGCCACAGUGAGCUGACCGACCCACGACCUUAUUUAUAACCUAUACUCCGUUUGAAUACGUACUCAACUAAAGGUAAAGCACUUUUUUCCUAAAUAUCAUAUUAUCGCCUAAUUCGCAAAAUGGCUGCAUUUUAUUCUAAAACCGAGUUUCUAAAUAAAAAGUAAUUUCAAGAUGGCUCACCUUUAGUUAAGUGCCUGGUCAAGCGAAGUGUAGUUCAAGCGUACCAUACGUACACUAACUUGCCAAUUUGUUUACUAUAUUUACUAGUAUAAGGACAGUUUCACUGGUUACCGAUAGUCACAGUUCUCCUAUAUAUAAUGUAUGCUAUCUGUCAGAUGAUGGCUGCUUAGUUGUCAGAUAAUGCUAUCCUGUAAAACCAAAAGUUAUAGUUUAUCUGUCAGAUACUUCCUCCUUAUUCUUGAUAAGCUGACCGCGACAUGAGUAAUCAGUGAAAUUGGCCAUAAAUGUAAGGAAAGCGCAGCUGACGCCAUGUUCUUUAUUGUAUUAGAUAUGCUCGUUUGCAGCAAAACGUUAUAACUUUUUAUACCAAAACCUAAAAUAUUUACAUACAAACGUAUGCAUCAUACAUGCUCAGGCGCAUGGUAAGUUUCAAUGGAAACGUGUUUAUUGAUUUAUAUAUUUUCUUGUUUCUUGUGUUAAAAGGCUGUGCAAUAUCUAACAAACUAUUUAACUUUAUGUAGAAAAUGUACAAGGUUAUAUGAAUUGAAGAUUAAGUUAUUAUUUUAAAGAAAUACAUUAUUAGUAGACACUAUAUUCAGUACAUAUUGUUUAAAACAAUUUUAUUGUAUUUUAGCUCUAUUACAGAAUCAAUAAACCAAAGUGUUAUUAUGUUUUAAUAUCUACACGUUAUUUGAUUCGGUACGUGCCAUUUUUCGCGUAUAUUUCAGGCGUUUCUCAGAACAUGUUUUUGUAAAAUAUAAUUUUACACUUUUUGAUCUCGUUGCUGAAUUUAGUGACUAUAUAGGUAAUUUUUUACGUUACGUUUUUGCGCUAUUGUGCUCACGAUCUACGAAUUUUAUUAUUAUCAGUUGGUGGUUUCUCAUACCUUACUUACAAUUAAUGUUUGCGGUAUCUAUUGCUAUAUAUUAAAACUUUAACGUAUUCACAUUAUGUUCUUUGGCUUUCUCUUUAUAUUAUUCACGUUUUGUUACAUUUUAUAGAAUAAAAUAUAUUUUUAAGCGCACUUGCGCUUUCAAUUUGUUAUUGUUAUGUUUAGUAAUUGUUCUGUAUUAUUUAAACCGACAUGGCUAUUUAUGAAAACGGUUGACAGCAUGGCUAUUUAGGAAUGUAAAAUGUAAUUUGAAAGUAUAUAAUCAUAAAUGUGACCUUGUUUUAUUACCCAGGAUUUCGUCCGUGAAGUAGUUGGGUCAAUGAUAACCUGCAAACCUCCAAGUUGUAUAGAAGAAAUAGCCAUGUCGGUUUAUAUUAUCACAUUUGAUUAAUGUAUCCACAGAGUUUAUCGAAAAGCAAAUAUAUUAUUUUUCCUUCUUUGGCGUUAGUAGAAUGCGUUCUCGACAGCCGUGCGCACAGUAAGCACGGUACUGAGAAGAAGCCGUGAGAAGUUACCAUAGUGGCCAAAAAGCGCGCAAUUAAUGAAAAUAGUUGUAUUAUAAAAUGUAGGAAUGGACAACUCCUGAAACUCAUGCGCUGCUACAUUUCAUUUAAUUAGAGCACUCUGUCGUGAUGGCUCCCACAUUUCUUUUGUCGGGACAUCGAUUUAAUUUAAACAAGUUGUAAUAGUGUAAAUUCUAGAUUGUAGAUCGCCAAAAUGCGUUAGCAUGUGUAUUAAAUUUUUCAUGUAUUUAUAUGAGAUGUGAUGUUGAUUCUAAAUUAAUCAAGUGGCCAAUUAGGCGGGCGUGGGAUUCGUACAAAGUCGUGCAAAUUGAAGAGCUUCACAUGCUGAAUUUUAUCCGGAAUUGUGGCGUGGUUACCAGUUGUAGGCCUUUGUGUACCUCCAGCGGUUACCGGCUAAAAGAUUUUUAUUACUAGAAAUAAAAUUAACUGACUUUAUCAUCAUGCAUCGACAUUACUGCACUCCAUGAUUGAAAAAGAAAAUUUGCAUUUAUACAAACCCAAGUACUCUUAACUUAUGCGAUUACAGCUACAGGUAUUCCAUGAUAAUGAAUGUAUGGCUUUAGGUAGUCUCUUGUUUUCUUUUGCCUAGUGUCAACAACAAGAUAGUAGUUUUUCGUGCAGUGGAUCCUUAAUUUUCUUAUAUUUUGUCAGACCAAUCUUGUUCGGCAUGUGGAACUGUUCUUCGUCAUACAUAACGGCGGGUUGCGUCAAAAUUCAUGCGAUUUUUACUAAAUACUUUCACAUAUUACUCACGCUUGAUAUUUAAAAUUAACAAAAUCAUCAAACAAUGUGUACCUGUUACCUUUUAUUCAAUGUAGUGGUGAAGUAAACGUAAGUCGUUAAUAGUAAGACGUAAAGGAAAAAUCAACAAUUACGAACUUGUAACAUGAUAUUUUAAUGCAAUCGGCUGAAAAUGACUAAAAUUGUUGUAAUUGAUGUAAAUAUAGUUAGAAAAAGAAUAUAAGUUAGCUAGUGUAAGUAUAUGUCAGUAGUGUACAUUAUGGGUGUAUGAUUCAAAAUACCAUUGACUACAGAAGCAAGGUAGAAACAUUGCUGUAGCAUGAAGGUGGUUCAAUUUAUAAGGUUUUGUUAACCCGCGAUUAUACUAUGUAGUGAGCAUAGACGCAUUAAAUUUACGUUCUUAAGUUCCCAUUUAACAUUAUAUAUAUUUCAUAGUGGUUAAUUUAGUUUAUGCAGCAAAAUUAAGCAACUGUGUUCGGAUACCAUUGGUCAAUUAUAAAAUAUGCAGCUGCCAUGAAUAUUUCCGAACUGUUGAGCGCGUCGCAAUUUUAGUUUACUUUUAAGUGACAAGAGAUGUUUCAUCAAUUUAUUUUUAGUUUUGGGUCUUAUUGGUCCGGUUGAAAUAUUCAUUAUAUAAUUUGUUAUAUAUUGAAUGAGAAACCCAUUGCAACAUAGUUAUACUUGUAGAGGUGUGUUAAGAAUAGCAUAAUUAAUUUGAUUCUUUGUAAAUUAAAAUGUCGUCUAUCCAAUUUACAUAGCAAGAACACCUAAGAGGUAUUAUAGAUUAAAAGUCUACUAAACGAAUGAAAGUGAUUACCUAACCGAGGGUAUGUUACAGCGUCGCGCAGGUAGUGAUGGCAAGGUAAUAUGCAACACCCAUUUAUUGUUUCCUUUCGCUGUCUUAGCUUUUAUUUUCAUAUUUGUUAAAGUACAAUUAUUUUGUUAAAAUCUUAUCACAAAUGCAUAGUGGAUAAUUGACACUAGUCGUUGAAAUUCAAUGUUGGGUUCGUCCACCCUUGGUGAGCAAUGACUACGGCAGCGGAGUCCGCUGACGAGAGACACGAACACAGUGACCACUGUGUCUGCUCCCUCUGCUCGCCCGCUGCCGUUGUAUUUGCAUACCAAGUCAUGUUAUGCAGAUGUUGUUCCAAGUUCAUGUUCUUAUCCUUAUCACCUAGUGGUUAAGCAAGGGAAUAAAUAUAACCAAAAUUUAAACGAUUUUUAAGAAUGUGCAUUAAAUACAAUACACACACUUUAUGUAACAUAAUUGUUUUUUUACGUGUCUCUCAUUUUAUGACCUAAUGUCUUUGAUAUUAUUUCCCAUUAUUGUAUAAAAUAAACAUAGAUGUAUAUACUUUUCUAUUAGCUAAUAUUGUUCGCAGUGUUAAAUGUUUUUAUAACAUUGCUUACGAUUGAGAAGAGCGCAGUGUUGUGGUACACGAACAAUAGCAGUUAGUAGUAAGCGCAACGUUUUAACAGAAGUAUGUUAUGCAAGUUAAAGAGUUGAUGGAGUUGGUACAUCUGUGUAUUUAACUGACUGCAACCGUUAGAGCAAGAUCCCAGAGCACCAAAACAUAUUUUUGAAAGAGAAACCAAUGUCUGGGAGCUCUGGAAUUUGCCAACAGAAUGCCUCAACACUGCUCGUUCCUCGUCAGCGGCUGUUUUUGUUGCUUAAGCUUUAUCUAACAUCGAUACAAUUGUACUACAUUUAAAAAGUUACAGGGUAUUGCCAAAAAGGGAAAGCAUCGUGAAGUGAUAUUGUGAGUUAGAUAAGUAGCCCAUUAUUAUUGUGAGAGACGAUUAAUUGAAGAUAUUCAAAAUAAAACAAAAUAUGUAAUACAAA